UCUAUCCCCCCCUCUUCCUCUCCUCCCACAUUACACGAAUGGGCAACGGACCAAGCACUCCGCUGGAGAUGGCUCGGGCAGAGGUCGACCGCCUUGUCCCGUUGUGCGCACACGGCGACGACGAGGCCUGCUACGGUGUGGCUCAGGCCUGGCUCGAGGUGGCCGAGGCGCUGCGGCUCGAGGCGGCAGAGGCGGCAGGGGCAGCUGGAGGUGGCGGAUCGACCGCGGCGGAGCGAUUGCCCACGGAUCCACGUGAACGGGCCGCGCUCGGCACGGUUGCGUUGGUGGUGACGGCAGCAGAGGCGACAGUGAUGGCAGCCAAGGCGCUGAACAACGCGUGCCACCGUGGUGUGGGCGAGGCGUGCUACGACCUCGCCGGCAUGUACUUUGAUGGCGAUGGCAUUCCCCAGAACCAAGUCGAGGCCCGCAGGCUCUGUGCCCGCGGAUGCAGCUUGGGCCACUCCGGAUCGUGCUUCAACGAGGGCACCAUGGCGCUGCACGGCGUCGGCGGCCCGGUCGACCGCGCCCGGGCCAUGGCCGUUUACGCCACAGCUUGCGAUGGUGGCCUCACCCGCGCGUGCUUCAACCUCGCGCUGGCACACGACGACCCUGACGAGGUUGAUGCCGCCACAGGUGCCGUUGUCCAUUCCCGCGACGCCGCCAGGGCCGCCGAUCUCAUGGCUGCUGCCUGCGACGACGGCCUGCCCGACGCAUGCACCGCCCUUGCAGUCUCACUCGCCUCGGGCGAUGGUGUCGCCCGCGACCUCGACCGUGCCAUUGCCCUCCUCGACGAUAUGUGCCAGCUCGCUGUGAGCAGCAAGGACGAGGUCGGCGGCGGAGCUUGGGACGCGCCCUGCAUCAACCUCGCCAUGGCCCACUCCAAGGCCGGUGCACCGGCCGCCAUGCUCGCCGUCCUCAACUCCACCUGCGACGCUGGCUCGGUUGAGGCCUGCGAUCUCCGCGAGUACUUUGAGGCGUUCCCCCCCAAGCCGGCUGCGCCGUCAACCGAGGAGUAAACCAUGUCAGCCA